UCCAGUGACAGCAGCUAGAUACUUACCUAAUAUUGCAGCUCUGUGAAUUUGUACCCUGGUAUAUCCAUCACGUGGGAGGUUGCACUUCCUUCUUCCGUUUACAGCUGAGGAGAAAAUAGUGCGCCGCAAAAUGGAGGGCCAUGACACCAAGGAGCCUGAGCAGCUCCGGAAACUAUUCAUCGGGGGCCUGAGCUUUGAAACGACAGAUGAGAGUCUGAGGAGCCACUUUGAGCAAUGGGGAAAGCUAACCGAUUGUGUGGUCAUGCGGGACCCUGCGAAUAAACGUUCACGAGGGUUUGGUUUCGUGACGUAUUCCUGCGUGUCGGAGGUGGAUGCUGCUAUGGCGGCCCGCCCUCAUAAGGUGGACGGGCGUGUCGUAGAGCCCAAAAGAGCAGUUUCCAGAGAGGAUUCCUCUAAGCCAGGAGCCCACUUGACAGUGAAAAAGAUCUUUGUAGGAGGGAUCAAGGAAGACACAGAGGAGUACCACCUGAGAGAGUAUUUUCAGACCUAUGGGAAGAUUGAAAGCAUUGAAGUGAUGGAGGAGCGCCAAACCGGGAAGAAGAGGGGCUUUUGUUUUGUCACUUUUGACGAUCAUGACACGGUGGACAAAAUCGUCGCACAGAAAUACCACACAAUAAACUCUCAUAACUGUGAGGUCAGGAAAGCGCUUUCCAAACAGGAAAUGCAGGCAGCAUCCAAUCAGAGGAAUCUCUCUACAGAAAUGACUCCGAGACCAUCCGUACUGCGCUAUAGGGGCGGAGGUUCAGGAAACUUCAUGGGCAGAGGCGGAAAUUUCGGUGGGGGAAACUUUGGCCGCGGAGGCAACUUUUCUGGUGGAUACGGAGGAGGCAGAGGAGGUUAUGGUGAUGGUGGCGGCUACAAUGGAUUUGGUGGAGAUGGAAACUACGGUGGGGGACCUGGCUAUGGUGGAGGCCGUGGUGGGUAUGGAGGAGGCAGUGGUCCUGGGUAUGGAAACCAGGGCGGAGGGUUCGGAGGAUACGAUAACUACAAUGAUGGAGGCAACUUUGGAGGCAACUUUGGUGGCGGUGGUGGAGGAAACUAUAAUGACUUUGGGAACUAUGGUGGACAGCAGUCCAACUACGGCCCCAUGAAGGGAAACAGCUUUGGCGGGAGGAACUCGGGCGGGCCCUAUGGCGGUGGCUAUGGCUCUAGUGGUGGAAGCGGGGGUGGCUACGGUUCCCGGCGAUAUUAAUUUUUUUCUGUCAUUGAUUUGAUUGGAAAAGAUGGCUGAAAUGGCUGAAAAUCUAUUAUGACACGUAAACAUCGAAAGUUCUGGAUGGGUAAGGCUCCCCCCUCCCCCACUAUGUAUACAAGUACACAAAGCACUCAUAAGACCAUUCAAACUUUUCUACAAAUAUGCCUAUUGGAUGCACUAAAUAUACAGUAAAGUAACUGACGUUCAUACGGUAUAGACUUGGCCAAUCCAUGCUUUAUUAAAGUGUUUGUGAGACACUUGCACUAAACCCACUGUACCCAGAGUCAUUUGGAGAAUUACAACCUAUAUUGUAGAAUUAUGAUGCAUACUGUAUAUUGGCUUCAAAUUCUUCCCUUGACCUUGACAAUACGUUUUUAUUCAAGUCAUUUUAAUCUGAAGUUCCAAAGAACUAUAUGUAUACUGUAGUUUUUCUUUUCAAUGUAUGACCACCUAUUUGAAAGAGGAUGCAAUUUUUCCUAUGACUUCUAGAGCUGCUGCUAUGCUGGAACAAUUUAAGGUAAGGCAUAAUAUCUGAAAGUUACACAACUGAAAGUUUUUUGUUUUUUUGAGUAGGGGAAAUUACCUAAAUGGUUGCAUGUUUUUUAAACAGCAUUCACAGUUAAUUUGUUUUGUUGGUUUGUGCACCAAGCGAGAAUUAAAAAAAAAGUGAAUAACAGUACAUUCUAUUAUUAUUAUUAUUAUUAUUAGUGAACCUCAGUAUGUUACAGUCCAUUCAAGAAUUCUGCUAUAAAAAUAAAUAAGAAUAUGCUGUAAGUAUAAAUAAGCUUUAUAUUGCCUUUUCAAGUGUCAUUGCACAGAUGAUGAACGGCCAUCUUAGGGUCCCAGUGGUAUUUCUCUGUGAGAUUUUUGUGACCCAUGACUGAAGUAGGCAUUCUAAUGUAAAUUCAGUAUCCAAUCAAAGGUGAAUAUAUUCAUAAUUUUCAUAAAGACAGCUCCUCACAAGAAGAAUCACAAAAUGCUGUUUUAUCAAUGAACCCAUUUGUAAAAAAAAAUAUUAAAUGUAACACACUUUUGUAGAGUCUAAACUGGUGCUGUCAAUGUGUAUUUUUUUGUACUACAAUGUGUAAACAAAUCUAAUAAUUAAUCGUAUGGAGGUUUUAUUCUGUAUUCAUUAAAUUUCAGACAUGUUGGUAUUGAAUAAAAAGUUUCCCAAAAAA